AAAAAAGCAAACAAUUUCUGAAUCACAACAGGAAUACACUCCAAUGACACAAAACUUCCUACUAGUUGUACGCUGCUGUAGUAGACUUACAGUCGAUCCAGACAAAUGAAUGUUCCCGUAGCCGUUCGACCAUCGCUGAGCGUACACUUGAGCCGUGCCCCCAAUAACUUGUACAUGGCCAAUUCCGCAGGAUCCGUGGGGAUUGGCUUUGAUGUGACGGCAUCGGCUGGAAUGUCACUACUGGUCACACCCAUCGCAUGCGGCUGGUGGUAGUAGUAGUCGUCUUCCGAGGAGGAUGCCAUGGUCUCUCUUGAGAACAACAAAACAACGACGGCAACAAGCAACCAGUGGAAGGUGGACAAACCACAGCAGCCAGCCAAAAUUCUGACAAGGGUUUUCGUCGAUGCUCUCACUUGGUCGAGACGACCGUCAAGACCGUAAAACAGCUUUGACAUCAGGAGCAUCGCGUCAUUUUUUGGUUACUUAAGGCACAUUGAAAUUGGAAGUCUCCCAUUCGACAGAAGCAUUUUUAGGAGAAUUGGGCAGGUUGACAAUCGAGAAAGACACGCACAUCCUUGGGAACGCCAUCAAAAAGAUUCAAGUGCAUCGAUUUCAGCUUCUUGAUGCCGAUCCUCUUUCUCAAUCAUCACAUACAGAUCCAAUCGUCACCCCUGUCAAGCAAUUGCAGUGCAUUGCAUUGCCAGCCAGCUAUCUGGAGCUCUACUCGUAGAGCUUGUUACGCCAACUCACUGCCUCCUACCUCCCUUCCAUUCAAAGCAAAAACAAAACAGACUAUUCCUGAGGAAACCCAGGAAACAAAGUGUCAGUUGAGUUUUGUUUGAGAAAGCAAGAUGAGCGCUGCUUCGUCCAUUCCUGACUAUGGUCCACAGAUGGAGCUGGUCCAUCAAGCGUUGGAUGAAGUCGCCCGAUUUUUGAUUGCCAACGCUCCCACCAUUCAAGAAUGGACGCUCGAACUCAUGGAUACGAUUUUUAUGCCUCGCACUGUGGCCCGGCAGUUGGCACUGGCCGUGGCGUUGGAUGCUGGCUUGGUCACUGUGAGUUCCAUUGUGGGAGCUGUGCAACACUUGCUCUCCAAUUUCUCUUCCAGAAGUCGACUCAUUCGACAAUUGAAGGAAAAACAAGAAGGAGCCACUACGCAAGAUGAAUGGAUCGAAUUGGCAUUGAAAAUUGAUAAUGUACAGGGAAAUGAUGUAUGGAGAUCCGACCCCAACUGCCCACUCUAUGAACGAGAACGCAUCAGUGCCCGUGUCGAUGAAUUUGUUCAUUUGAUGCGGCGCAGAGAUAUUUUUGAACUCAUGUUCGUCCUUCGAGGAGGAAUUGCGCGCAACAAAUUUGGGUUGCUGCACGAAGGACUAUUCAGCAAGGCUCUUGCGGGGACCAAAGUGUUGGUGGAAACCUAUCACAACGUGGUUUGUGCCGCGUUGGAUUUUGUCUGUGAUGCCCCGGUGCCCGAUCCAGAAUCCUUUCCCAUCCCCACCGAAGCGAGAUUGGCAUUCUUUAAUGAAACACGACAUGCUUAUGGAAGAUCGUCGCUUUUAUUGAGCGGUGGAGCUGCUUUGGGAUUCUACCAUGCGGGUGUCGUCAAGGCGUUGAUGGAGAAUCAUCUCAUGCCGCGAGUGAUUGGAGGGAGCAGUGCCGGCAGUAUUGUAUGUGCCAUGGUGGGAACUCGUACCGAUGAAGAGUGCCUGGAAGGCAUGUUGCAAGGAAAGGGAACCCAUGCCCCGGGACACUCGGGCAACAUGAAUUUCAAUUUCUUCCGACCCAUGCCAGUCAAGGGCACCUUGGCUCUCCAGGAUCCCAAGCGAACCUGGCAAGUCUUUGUGCCCAUUGGAUUGCGUACCUUUACAUCGGUGGUGUACGACGUCUUGACGGGAAAUCGUCGUCCUCAGGAUGCAUUUAUGAAUGACACCAAUCAUUUCCGGAAUGUUUGCAAGGGCAACAUUGGAAAUUUCACCUUCCAGGAAGCUUUUGACCGCACAGGGCGUAUUUUGAAUAUUGUUGUCACGCCAAAGUCGUCGUCGGACCCGCCGCGCCUUCUCAACUACUUGACGGCUCCCCACGUUAUGGUUUGGAGUGCCGCCGUGGCCAGUUCCAGUUUGCCAGGUGUCUUUGAAGCAAAUCGUCUCAUGGUGAAGGAUGCUGAUGGAACUGAGCGCUACGAAAGCGCUGUUGGAAUGCAAUUCAGCGAUGGCAGCAUGGAGAACGAUCUUCCCAUGCAACAAUUGAGCGAAAUGUUCAAUGUGAACCACUUUAUCAUUAGUCAAGCCAAUCCACACGCCGUCAUGUUUGCGUCCUAUAAUCAAGAACGGAGCGUUUGGGUCAACCCGGUCACAGGAAUGCUGAACUCUCUCUUGAUUUUCUGUAAGGAUCAAGUCCGAGCGUGGUUGUCCCAUUUGGUGGAAUUGGUCGGUGGACGCAGGAUUGCGCCUCUCUUUGCCACCCAGCGAGAUAUCGGAGCGCAGUUCUUCACCCAAGAAUAUGAAGGACGCGAAUGUGAUAUUAGUCUGAUUCCAUGGAAGUCUCAUCGUGGUCUCUUGAGUGCCUUUCUGCAUUGCCUCUACAAUCCCACGUUGGAUGAGUUCCACGAGUGGGUAAAGGCCGCAGAAGCAGAAACCUGGAAGCACAUUCCUGCAAUCAAAUCUCACAUUGCAGAAGAGGUAACCCUUGACCGCUGCGUGCAACGCUUGCGGAAACGAAUUGUUUCGGAGGCCUGGGCAAAGAAACGCAACAACAGCGGUGUCUCGGCUGGGAAGAUGGGUGAACGUGUCCCCAGUUUCUUCACUAGUCCGAGUCUGGUCAACUUGAGUGGGUUGGGUAUUUCAGACCAGACUAAACUGGGAAGCUUUGGCGAAGUCGAGGAUGUACGCUACCAAAGACCGGAACUUCGUGAUCCCAGUCGACAGGGUGUACAAACUGCUGGAUCCAUGCCAGAGAGCGACAUUCCCACAACAACAAUCCCCAACAAUCAUGGAUGGGGCGGCCUUGGCUUGAAUGGCAAUCGAUCCAGUGGAAGCUUGAAUCGGAUUCCAUCGACUGCGUCGGGACUCUUUAUUGAUGGCGACGACGAAGCAGUGCAUCAUGCAGCAGAGUCCACGGGAGGGCAGCAAAUUGCGGGUGAGGUCACCAAGGUUCCGUCUAUCGAGAAUCGAAUGAAUGCGAAGGUAGCCGUUUCCAGCGGCUAUUUCAAGACUACAACCAUGGCUCAUUUUUAUUAUCGAAACACAUCGGAUUCAUCGGACAUCCGCAAGUCCGUCAGCGAUCACGAAAUCAUAGAUGGCUCACAGAAUGCAUCCCAAUCUGGUAGCGCUCGAGCUGGUCAUGGACGAAGGAAAUCUCAGAGCCAAGGAGAUCUGAACAAGAUCAUGGGCACGAUUGCUUGAGCCCCUUGUCGGUUCCGUGCCGUUUUACACUUUUGAAAUUGCCUUUAGAGCCGAUUUUUGCCUACGUAGUUUCGUUUUGUACUAGCUGGACUCGACUCUCGCAUCUUGUCCCAGUCCCCAUACGGCACCGGUGAAACAAAACAGGUCACCCUUGUCCUCCUCGAUAGAACGCCGGAAAUCGGUUUCAUUGGGUAGUGGGUAGGUCUACUGCAAACUAAAACAUGGUUCGAAUCAAAUAGUAAUAUUAUAGAACGAAUCAAUUAGCAUUCAA